GAGACGAGGCAUUUUUCCGCGCAAUUUGGCAAAGCCAAAAAAACCGGAGACUGUUCAAAAGAAACCCCGCUAAUACCCAAAACCAUUAAAGUCCCACAAAUUACCAUUAUUAACCAGGCCUGCGGAGUUAUUUCAUACUUUGAUAUUGACAAGACUAAGUUUUGAGAAGCCCGUGCAACCCGGCACGCGCCGGAUAGUGGACGAAGGGGCGUAGCCCUGAGAGCCGGAUAGCGCGCGCCAGCGGCCGCAGUGAGUCGGAUGCGGCGCGAGCGCACAUCGGCGGGCCGCCCCUUUGAUUGGCUGGGCGAAGCCGCACUUCUGCAGAGCGCCAGAAACGCGGAGUUUAGCGGGCGUCUUGCCUGGCUGUGCCGUGCGCGGCGGGUACGUGUGGGACAGGACCGGGGCAAAGGCCGGGCGAGCGCGAAUCUGCGGCGGUCUCUCGAGUUCACUGCGGAAAAUAUGCACAUCUGAAGAAGGAGAUCUGUAAUAGUAUAUAUGCUGCUUUCAGACAUCUGAUUAGAUACGUGCACUGUAGAUAGCUGAUUUAUGGCUGGAAAAUCAGUUAAGAUGGAACGUGAGUGUGUAGCUUUGAAAGAUCUAACAUGUCCCGGUCAGAGCAAAUCCGCAACGGAUGGAGAUGAGGUCAAAAAUGGUCAUAAGGAAAAUGUUUUCCACCCCCCAGUGGAACGCAGGAAGGUCCCGCUGAAGAGCGAUGGCGUGGCUAGUGUGCCGAUAGGGAGGAGGGCGUUGUCCUCUGAGCAGCUCCACGCCACUCCCACCAAACAGGUGGACCAGGUGGUUGCUGAGCCAUGUUCACCCACCGCCAAUCUGAAGGUGCUGAUCCAGGCCGCCAGUCCGGACAUGCGCGACCGCGAGAUGAGAAAGGUCUUGUUCCGACCCAUUGAGAACAAGAAUGAGGGGGUGGCGCCGGACGACCCCAGCCAGUUCGAGGUGCCUGGUGAGAGUGCAGAUGACGUCGAGAAAAGGCCCUGCAGGAAACGAAAAAGCUUAGGCCUCCUGUGUCAGAAGUUCCUGGCCCUGUACCCUGAUUACCCAGCAUCCUCUGAGGCAACAAGCAUCCCACUCGACGAAGUAGCCGUGAGCCUCGGGGCCGAGCGCCGGAGGCUCUAUGAUAUCGUGAACGUACUGGAGUCUCUGAAGCUGGUUAGCCGUGUGGCAAAGAACCAGUACCUCUGGCAUGGGCGGCAGAGGCUGCGGGAGACCCUGAGCGAGCUGCGCGGCUCGGGAUGGAGGCAGUGCUGCCCCCUGCAGGAGGAGGACUGCCAGCGCAUGCAGACGGGGGAGGCAGCUGUGCAGGAAGGCUAUGCGGAGGCUGGCUUUGGGGCGGCUGGUGGACGCAAGGACAAGUCCCUGCGCUUCCUGAGCCAGAAGUUUGUGACGCUCUUCCUGGUGUCGGAGAUGCAGACUGUGACGCUGGACCUGGCAACCCGAGUCCUCAUUGACGAGAGCCAAGACACCGACAGCCGCAGCAAGUAUAAAACGAAGGUGAGGCGUCUCUACGACAUCGCCAACGUCCUGACGAGCCUGGGCCUCAUCGAGAAAGUUCAGGUGAAGGAGGAGCGGGGAAAGAAGCCAGCGUUCAGAUGGACGGGCCCAGUGGAGGUGACCUGUGGUGGUGACUUGCCAGCUGCAGCCAUCUACUCAGCUUGCCACGUCGACAGUCACCUUGGCGUAUCAGGGGGAAGGAAGCAUAUCGUGGGAUACCCCUCCUUCAAUGAGAGACCCGCCCCCUUUGCCACCGAGCGACGGGCCAGCUCCGCCCCCUGCAGCCCUCCCUGUGGUCGGACCAGUCCAAUUCCCCAGCCGGUGGAUUAUUCUAGAAAGGCCGCAAGCCGACAGCAGCUUGAGGACGGCCAGCGAAUCCAGAACUGUGAUGAACCAAGGGUCGAUACUGUGAAGGACAGACCAGAGUGCCAUGCCCCCAUUCCCAGUCCAAUUGGAGUGCUUGAGGGUCCCUGCAGGCCACUCCCCCUGACCAGCUUUUACCCAUCAAUUGGCCAGGCCUGCCCCCAGGUCAUGUCCACGUGCCCCACCCUCCAAAGCAUCAAGAAGCACCCACUGUCUCACCUUCCUUACCUGCCCCAGGCUUCUGUUUUCCUACUCUAUGGGGGUAAAGCAGCACACUGGAGGGAGAGUGAAGAGAGGCCUUCUCUGUGUGAGCCCAGCAAGAGAUUCCUGGGAAAGAGGAGGACUGUAGAGGAGGAGGGGCCAGUAGCCAAGAGGGUCCAGCUGGCCAAUCAUGAGGAAGAGCCUUCUCCGAAGGGUUUCUCUGAGCAGGUGGAAAUGUGGAGCAACAUGGACAGGUGCCAUCCACGGGUGUCCCCCAGGCAAGGCUACCAGGUCCCUGAGGUGCACUCACUGCUGCCCCCUAAAGGCGACGAGGCCAACACGCACAGUGUUCCUGCACCCUACCCAUCCUCGCACUACCUGUAUGUCCCCGUCUUGCCAGGGACGCCGCACAGCCUGAGUUUCCUGCUCUCUUCUGGACACGUUCCCGUGGCGGAUGGCGGAGUGACCGCACUGGCUCUGCCCUGCGUCCUGCUGCCCUCCUGCGCCUUGGCGUCCCACCCUCCCGCCGGCGGCUGCAGCUGUGACGCGCCGGCAGGGCUGGCCCCGUGUGGCUUUGUGGGGUCGCGACCCUUCGCAGUUUCGGGACCCCCCGCCUCCGUCUCCGGUCCGGAGCAGCCCCUAAUGCAGGCCUCCGCCCCUCCGGGUUCACCAGCGGGGCUGCAGGCGGCAGCUCCCGUGCCCACGAAGGAUGUCGAAACACUGCCGACUCUGAAGGGGGCCAGCCCAGGCGACAGGCAGGCUUUCUUCCAGACGCCGGGGACCCUGAGAACUGGCAGCCCCCCAGCCGCCCGCAGGCGAGGCUCGGCUCAGAGGAGACUGGAUAUCGAGCACCGAGCAGCCAAUUAGCCGAAGCCAAGCGUGCGCUGGGGGAGUAGCUUCCCUCUACGCGGAUGCUGACGACGUGCCAGCGUGCUCCACUUGAGGUCGUCCUUUGCUUGUUCCGAAUCAAAAGGCAGCUCCUCUCUACCUUGUGCCUCGACGGUACACUUUAGAGCGCUGGUAAUGCACUUAUAUUUGGUGCAAAUAUUUCUAACCUUGAGGUACAAAAUGAAGAGGAAAAACUUAUCUGUAAAACGCAGCAAAGAAUAAUAGGUUUAACUUAUAGGGUCAUACCUUUUCCUCUAUACGCAGACGAUUAUACCAAUUUUAGCUUUAACGUACAAUAAUUAUUAUAGCUAUUUGUGACACUGCUACUUUUUUUUACUGUUAUGGGGGGACAUAAGCUCUCCGUAUGUCAGUGCCGAGAGCUGCGGACAGUCAGCAAAACGUGGCAGCUGAGCUGGCAGUCAAGCAUACUGACUGCUGUUCCUUCUGCUAUGGUAACAUAUGUAUGGCAGCAGGCUUUGGUGGGACCCUAUUAUUCAUCCGAUUAUUAUCUUACUAUAAUGGGCCUAAGCAAACAAUCAUUAUAUCUGCGUAAAACUAGAGGGUUUGAAGUAUAUAGAAGGUUAGGGAAAUAUAUUUGCUUGAUAAUUAGUUGUAAAAAAAAUUGCAUUGGGGGGAUUUGGGAGCACUAGUGUAAAUUAAUUUAAAUGUAUUGUUUUAAUUGAAAUGGUUUAUAUGUUCUUUAUGCAGUUUUCACGGUUCAGAUUAUGUGGGAAUGGUGUCUGUGCAUAUAAAGGAGCAUAGCUGGUUGUAUUGACCUCUAGUGGUAGGAGGAUCAAAAAGCUGCUUGUUAGUUAAAUCAUGGAAUUAAUGCAAAUUCUUUAUUUCCAUCAUUCCAACAUUAUUUAUAUGUCAGAUAAUCUGUGGAUAUUGGUAAAUUUCGCAGGCUAUCGGCCACUUAAAUAUGUCAUAAGAUUUAGUAAUUGUAAAGGGUGAUUUUUACCUUGUUGCCGCAUUCUAAGAAAUGCCACAUUUUGGUCAAAACUAGAACAUUCCUUAACUGAAGGUGUGCCCAAAGAAAAAUGAGCCAUUUCUACUGCACUAUAUGAAAAUCAGCCGAAAGCAUCGUGGACAGUAGACAUCAUAGAGGCUAAGGGUGUAAACUUUAAUUCAAGGGCUGUUGCAUCAGGCCCCAGCAACUCUGCGGUAAUAUGGUUGAGCAUCUGAAUAUCGGAAUUGUUUCCUUGGAAGAAAUCUGAAUAAAGGUGUCAGAUCAAUGAAGUAUAUUCAGCUAGCUGGAUAUACUUCAUUGGAUGGUUAAAUCUGA